AUGGAUGGAUCGGGGUUGAUCGGGCUCCUUCCAGUGCUGUCCAUGGCCGCCUGGGCUUUCGCAGAUGUGCCUUACCAAUAUGAAACAUCGGGAGGCAACCACUCAGACCAUCCAGGCGUCACAUCUGUGAAUUGUUCACUGGGUUCUUCUAUGAAGAAUAUCUCAUGCGUUGGACUUGGUCUCCAGGAUGUCCCACAAGACCUUAUUCCUGAUGUGGAAGACCUCGACCUAUCAUCUAAUCAUAUCCGAUACCUCUCAAACUCCUCGUUCAGUCCGUACCGUCGUCUCAGAAUUCUAUCGUUAUACUCUAAUCAUUUGAGAAAAAUGGCUAUUGGGUGUUUUUACGCCAUGCCGAACCUUGAAAUGCUAAACCUAGGAAAUAAUCAUCUACAAACGGUAAGAUCCGACAUGUUUAAAAAAUCUAAGAACCUGGUUAGUUUAAGCCUCUAUAAAAAUAUGUUCUUAGAACUCAUCCCAAAUGACAUUUUAAGUUGGCUUCCUAAACUGAGGAAACUAAACCUUGGUUUAACUUUUAUAUCCAGAAUACACCUCAGUACCUGUAGUUCUAAGACUCCUGAACUGGACAUAAAUUUGGAGAACACAUGGAUUGCGAAUAUUACAGAUGACACGUUAGCCAUUAACUGUGAGAUAAAUUCACUGUCUAUGAAGCAGAACUUGAUACCUAUCUCGGUGAUUGAACCACACACUAUUGCUUCCCUGCACUCCAGGAUAUUCUCUUUCAGCUCAAAUAAGGUCUCUGCAGAACAAUGGAAACCCUUCUUCAUAGGCAUUGCCAACUCAGAAAUCGAGGAGCUUGUUAUACAAGCUAGCCGCAUCGAGGAAAUUGAUCAAAGCUAUUUUGAACCUCUGCAAAACAAGGAGCUUCAGAUCCUUGAUCUCAGUCACAACAGUUUCCCUAACAUCACAAAUAGUGGAUUCCUAGAACUUCCGCUAGUCCAUACCCUUAUUCUUGAUGAUUGUCAAAUUAAAAAAAUACAUCCCGAAGAUUUUACAAAAAUGAAAGGAUUACGUGUACUUCAUCUGAAUUCCAAUUGGAUUAAUUACAUAAAUGAUUACUACGGUAAUGUGACGUGGGAUAUUGAUCUUCAAGAACUGUACCUCGCAUUUAACAAACUGCAUAGUAUUCAUUUGAAAUCUUUUGAAGGGUUGAAUAAUCUAACAAUUUUGGAUUUGAAGGGUAAUGAAGAUUUAGAACAGGUAUUCAUUGCCCCGUCUACAGGUUUAUGGAACCUCCAGAGUUUAGAUUUAUCCCAGACAAGAUUAGAUAUAAUUACGGUCUAUGCUCCCUACCUACAAAGUUUCAUUUCAAAUGAUUGUGAAGAAUACUUCUUCAUUUAUUUGAGUGAAUUGGGAAUGCUCUUUAAUCACAGUAAAUUAUUUCUUGAAAAUGUAUACUUGGAAAAUAACGAUCUUGUGGACCUUUGGUAUAGCAUUGAUGGAAACUGGGUUUCUGUGUUCCAAGGUUUAAGGGGACUAAAACUUCUUGAUGUAAAGAAAAACCCAUUAAGAUAUCUGAAAGCUGGAUUAUUCACAGAUUUGCAGAAUCUCCAAAUAUUGGAUCUAAGCUAUUGUGAACUCUCUUAUCUUGAAUCAAAGGCAUUUGAAGGUCUUCAACGUCUUAAGAACUUACAUCUUCAGGGUAAUAGCUUGCACGAGCUUCCAAGUAGAUUGUUUGAAAAUACCGGAGAGCUAGCGAUGAUCCACCUGGAGGAAAACAUACUGAGAUAUCUUGAUCGUGAUCUUUUUGUGAAUUCAUCAAAUCUUCGAAAUCUGACUCUUCAAGGAAAUCGAUUGAGUGGAUUUAAUCGUAGUACCUUUGCGCCCCUAUUUGAUCAUCUCUAUUCAAUAGAUAUUUCGAAAAAUGAGGUUGUAUGCACGUGUGAUAUAAAAUGGCUUCCGGUCUGGCUGUCCGGGUCCAUCAUAGUUUUGAAUGAAAAUGACACUAGGUGUUCCCCUGCUUCUCUUGAAGAGCUCAAAGAAAAGCCAUUGAUGUCAUUUAAACCAGCCGAAUUGUGUGUCCAAGACAUCGGUCUUUACUGCUCUCUACCUAUCGUAACAAUUUGGAUAUUCAUGGUUUUGGCCUUUGCAUAUCACUAUCGAUGGUUCUUAAAAUAUAAGUUGUUCCUCAUGAAACUGGCAGUCAUUGGAUAUCGGCAGAUCCAGGAUGCUCGAGACUUUGAUCAGUAUGAAUUUCAUUUAAACGUGAUGUUUGCAGAAGAGGACGAAGCGUGGGUAAGAGAUCGCCUCCGUCCAGUCUUAGAAGAAAUGCUUCCUGAUCACAACAGAAAUAUCUUCGGCGAUAAUGACCUUCCUAUAGGUAUGCAUUACAACGAAGCCGUUGAUUACGCUGUAGAAAAUAGCUACAAGACAAUUAUUUUAGUCAGUAGAGCUGCUAUCCAGGACAACUGGUUUGUUAUCAAGUUUCGGAUCGCUGCGGAUCAGGUCAAUGACUCUCAGCUAGAGAACGUAGUAGUGAUCUUCUUGGAGGAUAUUCCGGGCGACGAGCUUCCAUUCUUGGUGAGGCUGUAUCUUAGUGUUCGCCAACCAUACCUUGGUUGGGAAGAGGAUGAAAGGUUUCAAGAGUACUUCUGGCAAACACUGAUCAAGAUGCUGACCAUAAAUCUAAGGAGCAAUAAUGCAAUCCCAUCCGAGUAA